AUGCUUCGCAACGCUCUCUCGGCAGCGCGUCCAGCAGUCGCGUCUGUGCGCGCGGCCUCGACCGUCACUCAAUUCCCAAAAGUCGCUGAGCGUCUUCCGACGAAAUAUGGCGGCGUGUAUACUGUCACGCUCAUCCCCGGAGACGGUAUCGGUGCUGAGAUCACCGACUCGGUGAAGGAGAUAUUCGAGGCGGUCAAUGCUCCCAUUGAGUGGGAGCAGUACGACGUCUCUGGCAUGUCGUCCUCGGGCGAGGCGCUCUUCAAGCAGGCUAUGGAGAGCUUGAAGCGUAACAAGGUCGGCCUCAAGGGUAUUCUGUUCACGCCCAUCUCCCAGUCCGGUCACAUCUCGUGGAACGUCGCCAUGCGCCAGCAGCUCGACAUCUACGCCUCGGUCGUCCUCUGCAAAUCCCUCCCGGGCGUCCCGACCCGCCACAACAACGUCGACUUUGCGAUCAUUCGCGAGAACACCGAGGGCGAGUACUCUGGCUUGGAGCACCAGAGCUACCCCGGCGUUGUUGAGAGCUUGAAGGUCUCGACCCGUGCCAAGGCGGAGCGUAUCGCACGUUUCGCGUUCGACUUUGCAAUCAAGAACAACCGCAAGAAAGUUACUUGCGUGCACAAGGCGAACAUCAUGAAGCUCGGCGAUGGCCUUUUCCUCAACACUUUCCGCCGCGUCGCCGAGGAGUACAAGCCCUACGGCAUCGAGGCCAACGACAUGAUCGUCGACAACACGUCCAUGCAACUCGUCGCCAAACCUCAGCAAUUCGACGUGAUGGUUAUGCCAAAUCUUUACGGCGCCAUCGUGUCGAACAUUGGUGCCGCGCUCGUCGGUGGCCCUGGUGUCGUGCCUGGCUGCAACGUCGGCCGUGAUUACGCUCUCUUUGAGCCAGGAUGCCGCCACGUUGCUGCCGACAUCAUGGGCAAGGACCGUGCAAACCCCGCCGCCAUGAUCCUCUCUUCCACCAUGAUGCUUCGGCACCUUGGACUGGGCCAUAUGGCCAACAACAUUGCCAGCGCGACAUUCAACGUCCUCAACGCCGGCAAGGUACGCACGCCAGACAUGGGUGGCGCUGACACGACGCAUGCUUUCACAGCAGAGGUUAUCAAAAACCUCGAGUAG